AUAAAAUAUUUUGAGACUAGCCAACCUAUCUGUGCGAGUUUUUACGAGACUUCCGACGCUAAAUGUGGGUCAUUGAGUGAGAGAAGAAAUGGUCAAGUUGUGGAAAUGUUAUUUCAGAAUUUGACCAUUUCAUGGACGUGUUAGGCCUAGCUGAAAAGUGGAAUAAUGGCACAAAAAUUGAAGUUGCAUAGUCCGGUUGGUGCAGAGCCUUUGAUAUUGAAAUGGCCAGUUGCAACUUCGGAAGGCAAGGAGGGACCCGAAGAAAUUGUUGACACCAUAAGAUUGGUUUGUGAUGAUUUCUCCGAGCUUAAGACAGCACUGGAAACAAAGAUACUGAAGCCUGGGGAGGAUGUCUCAAGUUAUGACUAUGAACAGACAAAAAGCCUGUGUGAAAGGUACAACAAAGCAAUAGAAGGCAUCAGGCAGUUGAUGAAAGGUUCUGCCAAACAAAGACAGUUCAACAAACGAGCCUCCAUGAUGCAGCUCAAGCAUAUACUUCAGCAGUGUUACAACCAUUCAGUCACUGACCCAGAAAAGUUGAACCACUAUGAACCUUUCUCACCAGAGGUGUAUGGAGAAACCAGCUUUGAGUUAGUUGAGCAAAUGAUCAAAUCAGUCAAGUUCACAGAGUCAGAUUACUUUAUAGACCUUGGCAGUGGAGUAGGUCAAGUUAUACUUCAAGUCUCUGCUGCUACCAACUGCAAGUUUUGUUACGGUGUUGAAAAGGCUGAGUGGCCUGCAGAGUAUGCCGUGGGAAUGGAAAGAGAGUUUCACAGAUGGAUGAAGUGGUAUGGAAAAGAGCAUGGAGACUUUCUGAUUGAAAAGGGGGACUUCCUUCAUGAUGAUGUAAAAGAAAAACUAAAUAAGGCUACGAUAGUUUUUGUCAACAAUUUUGCUUUCGGCCCUGUUGUGGAUCAUGAGUUGAAACAAAGGUUUGCCAAUUGUCUGAAAGAAGGUGCAAGAAUAGUUUCUUCUAAAGCUUUCUGUCCUUUAAAUUUUAGAAUCACUGAAAGAAACCUGAGUGAUAUUGGUACUAUAAUGACCGUGGAAGAGCUGUCCCCUUUAUGUGGAGCUGUGUCUUGGACAGGGAAACCUUUUGCUUACUAUGUCCACACUAUUGAUAGAACUCUGUUAGAAAAAUAUUUCAUACGUUUAAAGAAUCCUGCCAAACGUGAUGAGUUAGAACCCAGGAAGGACAGAAAAGGAAGACCAGUGUUAUCAAUAAAAGAAAAAAUUAAUGGAGCCCUAUCUGCUGGAUCUGAUUCCAAUUCUAAUGGGCGCUGGCGGCGUGUUCGAGGAAGUCAGCGUGAAAAUGACUCUCCUCCUUCAGUGACCGCAGCUAAAGUUUUGGACUUUGACAGUAACUCUAACUCCAGUUUCACUAAUUCCACAACCAACAGUGCUGUGACAGAGGACAGUGGUACUGUUAUAUUUGGACCAACAACACGACGUCAGUGGAAUGAGUAUGUCAAAAAGCCACAAUCUCAGUCUGGCACAGAGAACGAUAAUGAUAGUUCUACUGCAGAUGCAGUGACUGAGACUAAAGUCAAAGAGGUCAGUAAACAGUUAAAGCAGAAAAAGAAGAGAAUGAAGACUGUGAAAAGACUCAAUAAUGGUGCACUGGGCAUGAGACAGAUGCAAGUGGGUAAGAAACCCCCAGCAGAGACAUCAGCAGUGAAAAGUAAGGCAGCAGUGAAACUCCGUCCCAGAUUGAACAGAAAUGUAGCUAAAAAGGGUAGUCCCAAUGGACCUGCACCAAUUCUGGCCACAAGUGGAAACCAGAGCCCUGUAACUCAUACCAUUUCCAGCAGUCCAGUCAGUAUGGCCAGCAGUGUUGCCUCAUCACAGCCACUGGACAGUUUGAAUUUACUACACGCCCAUACCAUCAUGUCUACUUCUGGAAAAGAUCCAACUGAGCAGGUUUGUUACAAUGAUAAGCGAAUGACAGAAACAUCCAGUGCUUACUUCAAGCCCACAGUUCAACAACAGACUGUAUCCAUGUUGGAGAAACAGGCUGGAGUUUUACAGUAUUUUGAAUCAUUUAAACAGAGUCUCUUGUCAUUUUUGGCUUUCAUGCAGACACCCCAGUACAAGGCAAUAUUGUUGUUGCAGAUUGAACAAGAAAAAUGCAAAAAUGCAGAGUUGCUUGCUAAAACUGAAGGUCUGGAAAAAGAAAUCUCCAUGUUACAAAGAGAUGGUGUGAAACUGAUUAAAGAUCGCUUAAAAGAAAUGGGGAUUAAAGCGGAUACUCCGCGAGAACUUAUCAGUCAGGCUAAAGACAUUGUGUUACAACACCAUGAGCUUAAGUCCCAGACUGCCUCGCUUGGGGCACAGAUAAAUGCUCUCCAAGCAGAACAUAAUCAAAAGAUUACUGCAUAUAAAAAUGUUAUGGACAGAAAAUCUUGCAUGCAUCCAAACAAAAAUGGAUUGACCAGCCACUCCAACAUGGUGAUGGACAAAGAUCAGUAUGAACAACGCAAGCUACUGGCUGAUGUGGAUCGUCUCUACACAGAGCUGCAAUUUUUACAGGAUGUCAAUAGGAAAUACACUUCUAAAAUGGAUUUUGGUGGUUAUUCUCAGCUAGAUCACAAUCUCAAUCACAGCAACAAGCAGCCAUUGCCUAAUGGAGUGAGCAAGUCUGCUGGCAUAACUCACUUAAUGAAAGAAAAGAAAGACAUGAAAGAGAAUUAUGAUACUUUUGAUGAGGUUUUGGUUACACUGAAAAGAGAAGUGACCACUGCCUUGCACAAUGGCAUGACCCGAAGUUCAGCUGUCAGGGGAAAGAUUGAUUCAAUCCCAAAGCAAGAAUCUGACAGACUGAUCAAAGGCAAUUGUUUGCAACUCCCAUUAAGUGUGGAGAUAUCACAAAAGCCAAUUGUUGGUGUGAGAGAGUUUGAGCCAAAGCCCAAGAAGAGUGUAGGGCAGCCAUUCAAGAAACCUAGCACAUCUGUCAAGGAAGUGGCAGAUGAAUCUAAAACAUCAUUACAUGUAUCCUCUCCCUGGAUCCCAGAUACAAUGGAGGUAGCUUCAGUUCCAAACUGUAAUUCACGUAUUCUUCCCCCUGGUACCAAAAUUGAUAUAAAAAAAGCACCCAAGCCUAAUGGGGUGAAGAAUUUGCUCAGGGGUAAAAUCACAGAAAAUAUAAACUUUACUCAGCUACAAAACUCGGAGUCUGUUAUCUCUCACAUCAGUAAAAGUAAUGCCCUUGCCAGCUCAGUCUCCUCUACAUCACUUCUGUACACUGAUAUAGAAAAAUCAGCAGCUGAGGACUUGAUAUCCUUGAAAGAAAGCAUUUCUAGUCCAAGUAAAGACAAAGCUACGCUCAAUCACAAUGCAACUGUUAUAACCCCAGUUCAUAGGAUACAUUCCCAAAGAGAAAUCAUAGUCUCAACCCAAAAGAAAGGCAGCAGUAUCUAUAGCAGCAGUAGCAGUAACAAUUUAAAUGACUCUGCAAAGAGUGCAAUAACUUCCUCACCUGAAGGGAUGGUUAAUGCUUCCAGAAUCAGCCAUCCACCCAGUGGUAGCAUUCUCUCUCAGGGAUUUUUAAAACAGAGCUUGAAUGUGGCCACUACAAGCUCAGAGAGAGCAGUUUCUCAAAUGAGUGUUAUGUGCAAUAUGCCAUUGGCCAAUGGAUACCUUAAGCAUAAAAGCUCUGAGGUGGCAAUUAACACACCAGCAAAAAUCCGAAGUAUUGAUUCCAGAAAUGAUGUCAAAACAUCAUCAUCAUCAACCCCUUUGCAGUUAGGCCAAGUUUUUCAAUCGAUGCAGACCCCAAUGUCCAGCCUGGCUCAGAUAUUGACCACUAGUGCAGAGCAAAGCCGUGGAGCCACUGGUGGGUCAAUCCUGAGCUCAAGUCUUGGGCACAUAGUUAGCAGUGUUUCCCGUGGUGGUGGCUCUGUUCCAUUUGUCACUAUUCAGUCCCCACAUGUGAAUGCUGUGCCCUCUACUCAGACUACAAAUGGCUUACAGCCUGCUUUGCUUAAAAUCUUGCAGCAGCCAUUGUUAUUACCUCCCAAACCCUCAACUGGGAGUCAUGGCAGCCUUACAAAUGGAGUAACUGGAGCAUCACUCUCUCUAACAAGCCAAGUGCAGCAGAACUCUUCUGAAUCAUUGGGACAUACUGUCAAAUUAUUGGAUGGAAAAGGUUGCUUGCAGUCACCGCUGCAUAACUCGCUAGUGGUUACUGAAUUGGAUGUAGAUGUAGGUAUGGCACAGGACGAGCAAUGUAGCUUGGCACCAAGCACAUAUAAGUGUUUAAAUGAGGACCCGUCAGAAGUUGACAUAUUAGAUUCAAAGCUAUAUGUGGGGAGACGACAGACUCGAUCCUUUCAUGCCUCAACUAGUAGAGCUUGUGAACCCUAUGCCAAAAUAUUGACAUUUUUGGAGGGAGGUAAAACUGAUGAGAACAACUUCAUUUACUCUGAUUCACUUCAUAAUGACAUGGAAAUGGAAGGUUGCACCUACAAAUCUAGGAAAAGUUUGGCAGUGCUAUUGAAGCGUGAGGCAAAGCUUGAAAAAAUGGCAGAAACCAAGAGUGAAAUUGAAAUUUUAAAGAACCAUUCUUUAAAUAGUAUUAAUAAUAAAAAGUGCAAUACAAGUUUAAUAGAUGUGACUCUACCAACGUCACAGUGUGAACAUGUGCUGGAUGCAGGUGCCUCUGGCGCACAAAAUGUAGUUUGUAUGGAGACACAAAACAAUACAAAAGAUUCACUUGAAAGUGAUGAACCACUGGAGCAAUGUAAUGAUCAUGUGGACUGUGCUGUCAAUUCUAAGAACGGGAACAUUGAAAAGACAUUAGGGUCACAAACUAGUCAGACUUUACUUGAAGAUGACAAGCACAAAAAAAGUUCAACUUCUGUCUCUCUGCAUCACAAGUCUGGAGUAUUUCAUUCCAAGUCCAGGGCUCUAAAUGAUAGUGCCCAUCAAAUGAAUCAAGAUUCCAGUCAACCACAAAAACUUGAGAAAACUUAUGCUAAUGAUCUCAAAGCUAAACUAAGACAAAGCAAGACUCCUGAAAGUUCCAUUACAAAAGUUGACCAGCCCAAAAGAAGAGAUUGGUCUUCUACAUCUGUGAAAAAACAAACAGUCUCAAAGGUUUCUAAAAGUCAUGCAAGACAUUCAAAAGAAAGAGAUUUAUCUCCUGGACCACCAAAACUAGAAAGAGCUAUAUCUCCUCCAGUUUUAAGGAGACGAUCAGUUACAGACAAAAAUGAAAAGACUACAGACUUGAGCAAUGAAAAGGUCAACUCAAAUUUCCAUAACAACCAAGAAUCUAAAAAACAUUCCCAUCGCUCUGUACAAAGGUGUAACAGUAGAUCUCAUUCUAAGAAACACAGAUCAUCCAGCCCAGUGAGAAAGUCUAGAUCUCCCAGAGUCAAAGAAAGAGGUUCAGUGUCCCCUAACCAUAACAAAAGGCACACCAUAGACUCAUUAUUUCAUAAAGGUAGUCAUAUGUCCACAGAGUCAGUGAGAAGCUCAUCAAAGUCAAGUGAUAAAACUGCCAUUAAGUCUAACAGUAGACAUUCUUCAAGCAGUUCCUUUCGUUCUAAAAAGAGAUCCAAUGCUAAGAACUACAAUGCCGAUAAGAAAAAAAAUAAGAAGAAAAAAUCCCCCAAAUUAGACUCACAUAAUGAAGAACCAGCAUAUUCUAAAGAGAAAUCAAUCUCUGCCAUGAUGUGUAACAACAGUCAGGCUUUAAAAGUUGAGCACAGUCCAGGCAUGUCUUCAUCUCAACAGGUAUGUCCAUCAGAGUUUAUCAAAUCAAAUCAGGAAAAUUUAGAUCAUCCUUUGAUACAGUUAAGCCAUUUAGAUAGCCCUGAUAGCAUGUUGACUCCUAAUUCAAUGUCUGCCAAUGGGGACACUGAUAGUGCAGAUGUCAUGACAUUCUGUACUGAGGAUGGCAGCUCUAAACAGUGUCCUGAUGAUAUUUUAGAUGCAUGUUUGAACAAGGAGGUUGUUACUCAUACAUUCCCUGAUGUGGAGCAAUUCUCCUUGCCCUUAACUCCUCAAAAAACACCCAACUCUUGCCCUAAUUCUCCUUUUACAGAUACCUCUUUGAUGUCAACUGAUAAAAUAUCAGAAGACACUACAUUGUCUCAACAAGAAAGUCAUCAAACUACAAAGGCAAUGGAGGUAGCUGUAGAGGAGCCUCCAUCACAAAAUAUUAAAAAAGGCCCUCAUACCCCCCCAGGCUCGCCACUGUUCAACCAUCAGAGUAGAUCAAGGUACCCAAGUAUCAGCAGUUCAUCAUCUCGUGGGUCAAGCUAUGAUUCCAGCAGCAGCAGUAGUUCAUACUCAGAUAGCAGCUCUGAUGAUACCAAGAAAAGAAAACGCAGACGUUGCCAGGAUAAAGUAAAGAAGACGCCACCCAGAAAACUAUCUACAUUGAAUCCCCCUAUCAAUUUGAGCAUUGGCUCUCCACCUAUAGCAACUGUGCAAUAUUCUCCUAUGCCAAAUCCAAGUGUGACUGGCUUUAAUUACAACCAACUCAGGAUGGGCCCGGGAUGUGCAUUAUCUCCUCUGUCAGUUUGCACACAACAGAGCUCAGGGUAUCAGAUGGUUACUAGUGAUACAAUGCGCAGUCCUAACUUGUUAAAAAGCCCAAAUAGCAGUUGUACUCAGAAGCAGUUUCCUUCUUUACAUACUCCUCUACUCUCUCCUAACUCAGCUGUAAGCUCAUCAACAGCGCAUAUAACUCAUUCAGGAAAUAUCCAUAGUAAUGACACCAAAACCAGCCUCGAUACUAAAAAUAACCCAGACUUUGAACCAGAUCUUAACUCAGAGAAUCUAGAGGAUUCCUUAAAAAGAAUUACCAAUGUGUCAUUGUCUAGACCAAAUUCUUUGGAUUUGGUUACCAGUACUAUUAAAGAAGAGCAUUCUUCAGUCUAUAAAGUAAAGAAUGUGGCAGUGAGAGAUUUUGAGACUAUAGUUAAAGAUCAUAAUGCCAACCACACAUCCCUAAUAACAUCCAACUCGAGUACAACCACUGCUUUGUUAUCACCGUGCUCAGUCAAGAACAGGAAGUAUAACACAGUAAGUCCUGUGGUGGAGUCCACCUUUUGUGCAACUACUUGUGAAAAAAUGAGUGUUGCAGCUGGAUUUGUUGAGCCAUGCAGCCCACAGCAAACUCCAUCAGUGAUGACACAUAUGAAAUCAUUCAGCAAGCAUUCAGGUGUUGAUAGUUUAUGCACAAAAGAUGUCAAAGAAGUGAAAAAUGUGGAUUUAAUUGAACCUCAGUUUUAUUCAUUCUCCCAGCAGUCUUGCAAUCACCAGCAACAGCAGCAUCUGCAACCUUCUUAUAAUCACCACCAGCCAUCUAAGAUCUUGCCAGUUCAGCGAACUCAGUUACCCCCCUCCCAUGGAAUGCCUCAUCACUUUCAUUCUCAUGGCCUGCAGCCACCCAACACCAGUAGGCUAGGGUUUGCACCUCGCUCAGGACACCACCUGCCACAAUGGAACUCCAUUGGCCCUCAUGGUCACACACCAUACCCCCAUGGUGGACUGCCGCGCUUCAACAAGACCAGGCAUCCGCUUCGUCCUCCAGGGCAUCCUACUGGAUUUCGUGAUCCAAGCCUGGCUGAGCAUUCCCACACUGGCAAGGACUUUAACCCUCAUGGAGCAGUGGACCAGUCGUAUGGGCCAGGUCAGUGGGACCAUCAUCCCCCUUAUCGCAUAGGUUUAGGAUCAUCUUGUGGUUUGGGUCGUGUCUACCAGCACAAGCACUACUAUCACAACAAAAUCCACCCUCAUCAUUAAUGGAUUUGCGAUGGAUUGUCGUCAUGCCAAAGCCAACAAAGAAUGGGCAGAUAGCAGUGAGCAGUACUAUGACAAACCCACAAUGAUGGCUGUGUUUCAAUCAGACACAUUUACGCUCUGUUAUUGUAGCUUUUUUUUUUCCUUUGAUAGAAUACUUGGGUUUUGUAUUUUAACCACUGUACAAACUUGUCCCUCACCCCCCAUCUCCCAAAAAAAAAACUUUUUAAAAUGUAUUGAUUUUUUUUUUAUUGAGAAAUUUUUUCUAUUAUUGCCAACAAAAAAACUGAACUUGUGUGCUUGAGUAGAUUAGUGUGUUAGUAUGUGUAAACAAGAGAGGCACACACACAUAGAGUAUCUGUGUCUUGUUAUACUUAAUAGAAUAUUCCCCCUUGAACCAUAUCUUUCGAAAAUUACAAGAUGUGUCUAUGAUAGCAUUAACCCUCCCCCUCUGCCCAGACCUCCUUCCCUCUGUCCCCUUUAUACAGUUGUACACUUUACAGUACAAUAUUCCAGUUAGUUGAGUUUUAUUCUUUUAUUUUUUUUUUUGCUUACUGCUUCAAAGGCAGUAUUAUAUGUAAUUUAUAUGGGCUGAAAGGAUGAUGUCAGUGAGCAUGUUGACCUGAUGUAGUCUUUAACACUGGGACAAGGGCAAGCUGCAACAAUAGUUUGUGUUGAGUGUUAUCCAGUGAGUUCAUGACUUUGCUGAUGUGUUCAUUUCAAAACACAUUGAGAGUAUUUGUACGGUUUUUUUUAUCCAAGAGAAGUUAAUGUGAUGAGUUUUUGUAUGGCCACUUUCAACUAGCACAGUGGUAGACCCUUGUAUGGUUAGAGUUGUUUCAUUUAUUUGUUACUUUUCUAAAGGCAGCCUGUUCAAGAAAUGCAUGUGUACUCAAAUGGCAUCCUUGAGUUACAAUUUAUAUCGUCCUAUUGUUUUGUUUUCAAUAAAACACAUCAAUGAAUCACAUUGUCCUAAAAGUACUUCCUCUUCCCCCAUCUUUAUGAAUAAUAAGAAUGCUAAUACUAUGCCAUGAAAUAACAAAACAGCAAUGCCGGGUAAAUGGUGAUAGGUCAGGCAGUUGCUGAGGACAGCCCUAAUUCCAAAUAGCUGUACUUAAUCCAUUGAUUUGGUUUGAAGUGAUUAUUGUAUUGCCCUUAUAGGGUAGCAGUGAAUGACUCAUUCAUAUAUUUCCCCAUCAUCUCUAGAGUCUAGGAUAUUUCAAUUGUAUUUAUUUAUGUGUAUCAAAUAGAGAUACUGCAUGAACUGUUGAGUGUUUGAGAUUAGAUAAAGCAUGUUAUUAAUGAGACCACAUCUAUCUGUUAUGCUGAGUAUGUGAGAGAUAGACCCACCUACAUUAGAAAGAACAAUGUUUCUUUCUAUUAUGGGGUGGGGAUGAAUGAAAAUUGUUUUGGGUAAUAAACGUGUCCUUUCAACUCCUCAAUGUAAUUGGUUAGUUUCCUUAUGUUGCUAUCAAAAAGAAGUUAAAACAUUAGACUUUUUUUUUUAAAGUCAUAAUGAUUUUGCUUCACACCAAAGGAUAACUAUAAACUUUAUAGUGUUUAAAUCAAGAUACCUAUAAUUUAAUAAUCUUUAAACAUUUUAUAUGAUUGUGGACCCAGUAAAUAGACCACAUUAAUAUCUAGCUACUCUAAAUCACGAUGAAACCAAAACUUUGUGGUGUCUCAAAAGUGAAAGGUUAACUAAUAUUCAGUACAUUUGUGUAUGGUCCCAAGACACUGUUUGCAUCUUUUUUUACUUAGAUGUUGUGUAUAGAUGACUUUGAAAGCAGGUUUUACUAGGCUGUAAGUUAACAUUUUAUUUUAUUUCCAAUGUAGUUGAAAUACCAACGUCCAAUACAUGUUUUAAAUUGUAGGCUUGAAAUAAUGUGUAUAUUUGAUAUCAAUGUUAUUUAUUGCUUUCAGUGCCCCUGGUGUCAGGUUUUGUUUAAAUUUUUAUCACCUUGAAAAAUUUUACAAUGUUUUUUUUUAAAUUACUUUUUGAUGAAUGGCAAGCGAAAUAUUUUUUUUUUUUUCCAAUUGUUUUUUAUGUUUAGUAACUGAAAGAAGUUGUAAUUACGGGAUUUCUUUCUGAAUGUUUCUAUCUAUCCAGAUAUUUAUUAUGUUAAUAAAUGUGUGAUGAAUGUAGUUACAAACACACCUCAGGUGUGUAUUUCAGUGGCUUCAUAACAAACAGUUAGCAGGGACAGAUUGUGGAUAAUUCAAUUUGUUAAAAUUUUGCUUACUCUGUUUGUAAUGUCCUCUUGUUGGGUUUUGAGAAAACAAAAAAAAAAAAUUGCUUUGUUUGAGUGAAACAACUUCAAGCCUGUUGAAAAUAUUGUCAAAUUAAAAAAACAAAUUUUUCAAAAAUGUUAUAUUAAAAAAAAAGACUUUUUAAGAGGAUUGUAUCUAUUAUUAUUAAUUUUAAUGUAAACAUUGGUAAUUUCUUGGUCAUUUCUUCCCCUAUGUAGCCUGAUGUUUAAAUAUUGUACAUAAAUUACAGAUGAUAAUGUUCUAUAAACUUGAGCAAAUAUCCUUUGAAUGUGUCUAGGUUUUGUACAUACACAACUCUAUUACUAUUAGCUGUGUACAUUACAUAAUGUUUAGUGUUCACAACAUACUUAAAUGUUGUUGGUCUAGAAAAGAUUCUUGUGGAAUCACUUCCUGUUUUUUUGUGUGUAGUCUCUCUUUAGACACUGCUACUCCCUAGGCUUGGAAUUGUUGGAAGGAAUAAAGGCUGGGACAGGUUGGCUUGUAUCCGUCUGCUAGAACUUAGCUUGUUUAUUCCUUGAUGACAGCAUUAUCUGAAGGUGUUGGACAGAUGUGAUCCAGUCAGUAUUGUUUGUGUUGUGUGGAGGCUCUAGGCUUGAGCCUCGUCCUGUGAUACAAACACGCCAGGGCUAUUGUAACUUGUGUUGAUAUUGGACAGCAUGUCCCUCUUGCAGUCGCCAAUUUAAACACAGAAAAAUAUAAAAUUUUAUUAUUAAAUUAUUCAAUUAAAAUGUAUCAUUUAAUAUAAUUAAAAAAACAUAUUUUUUGCUAGUGCACUUCAAAAAAAAAAUUCUUGGUUUCAAAUGUUUAAAAAAAAAAUGAUUUGUUGUCUUGUAACUCUAGUGUCUCCAUUUUUUUGUUAGCCUUAACUUGGUCUCUGCUUCUUUUGAUCUGUUAGUACAAUUUAGACUUGGUUGUCACCCCAAUUGCUUAUUCAGAUUGUCCUUCGCUUUUGUCCUGUUGCUUUGGUUGAUAUGUAUCACUAUUAGUCAUCUAACAAUUCUUAUAUCAACACAGUGGAGUUCUAGUACUAGUUACUGUGUCCUGUCAAAACCUUUUUUUUUUUUCAUUUUGAUCAUACACUUGUUUGUUUUUUAAAUAUUUUAAAACAAAAACAUUUUAAUUUAUGCUAAAGUGUCGAAAAUGAAAUUUUUUAAAUGGAGUUUUAUUUAAUCUGCACUUGUUAGUAUAUAAUUGAAAAGUAAUGAUAUGUUUAUAUAAUGGUAUAUAUAUUCUUUAUAAAACUUUUUUUUUUUAAAUAAAGUAAGAACUGCAGAGGAAAAAAUAAUUAAGCAAAGCAUAUUGUUGCCUUGAGUCUUAAGACAUACAGCAUUGAUAUUGAAUCAUAAUACAUACUUCACCAUCCAACAUCUGCCAUUUGUGGCCAAAUCAAUGCAACUGUGAUCAAACAACAAUGAUAUUGAAUCAUGACUAUAACACUCACCAUUGCCAUUAGCCAAGCAGGCAAAUACAUAUAUUUUUAUUUAAUUACUUUUUCUGUUCUAGUAAAUGCUAAGCAUUUACUUAUAUUUUAUCUAGCGACUUGGCAUCUGUGGAAGAGAUGCAGUAGAUACACUAUGGCCAGAGAUCAUGGGACACUUGAGACUUAUUUAAAUCUGUUCUGUGAGGGGCCAUACAUAUGUUUUUUUUAAUAAUGUCUAAAGCAAGGCCAAUGCUAACCUACCUCAAUGCAGCAUUGAGAACAUCUUCAUUUGAUUAUUGCUGCACUCUUCAUCUUUACUCAUCUGUUCCUAAUAACUGAGGCAAUUGUUGUGGGGUUGCUGUUACAUCUUUGUCCCCUCUGAGCCUCAUCAUAGCUCUGCUAGUGCGAGUAUAACUGUGAAGUCAUAAGCAUUGUAACUUAAUGUUUUUUUUUUUCUACACUGACCUACAUAUAAUUUGCAAUCUAAACAUUUCUGAGAAACUAUUUUUAAAAAAAGCAACAUAAAAAAACUAGGUCAAAUUUAUAUUCAAAAUGAACAAUUUGUGUACUUUGAACUUUUGACACUUAUUUUUGUGUGUACUUUUAUGUUUUUCUGACCAUAAACCAAUUUUUUUUUUUUUUCUUUCAUGACUCUUUCCAUUUGUUGAAGCAGAUGUAACAUUAAAUGGAACUUUUUUUUUUCUGUGGUGGCUAGAUGUAUGUUUUAUGUUUCAGAAAAAAAAAAAAAAUUUUCCACUGGAG